AUGGCGGCGCACGGGGGCUCUGCGGCCUCCUCGGCGCUGAAGGGGUUAAUCCAGCAGUUCACCGCCAUCACGGGUGCAAGUGAAAGUGUGGGGAAACAUAUGCUUGAAGCCUGCAACAAUAACCUGGAGAUGGCUGUCACAAUGUUUUUGGAUGGUGGAGGAAUCGCUGAAGAACCUAGUACCAGUUCAGCUGGUGUAUCUUCUGUCCGACCACAUACAGAAGAUGAAGUACGAGCUCCAAUUCCUCAAAAGCAGGAAAUAUUGGUCGAACCUGAGCCCUUAUUUGGUGCUCCUAAAAGAAGGCGGCCUGCCCGUUCAAUAUUUGAUGGUUUUCGAGAUUUUCAGACUGAAACCAUUCGACAAGAACAAGAGUUGAGAAAUGGAGGAGCAAUAGAUAAGAAGCUCACUACCCUUGCAGAUCUCUUCCGACCACCUAUUGAUCUAAUGCAUAAAGGCAGCUUUGAAACUGCCAAAGAGUGUGGCCAGAUGCAGAACAAAUGGCUCAUGAUAAACAUCCAGAAUGUGCAGGACUUUGCUUGCCAGUGCCUCAACCGGGACGUCUGGAGCAAUGAAGCUGUGAAGAACAUUAUCCGGGAACACUUCAUUUUCUGGCAGGUAUACCAUGACAGUGAAGAAGGACAGAGAUACAUACAAUUUUACAAAUUAGGAGAUUUUCCUUAUGUCUCUAUCUUGGACCCAAGGACAGGUCAGAAGCUAGUAGAGUGGCACCAACUAGAUGUGACUUCUUUCUUGGAUCAAGUGACAGGAUUCCUGGGUGAGCAUGGUCAAUUGGAUGGACUCUCCAGCAAUCCCCCCAAAAAAUGUGGUCGUUCUGAAAGCCUUAUAGAUGCAAGUGAAGAUAGUCAGCUAGAAGCUGCUAUUAGAGCAUCUUUGCAAGAGACCCAUUUUGAUUCUACCCAAGCAAAACAGGACAACCGUUCUGAUGAAGAGUCUGAAUCUGAACUUUUUUCUGGAAGCGAGGAGUUCAUAUCAGUUUGUGGUUCUGAUGAGGAAGAGGAGGUAGAGAAUCCUGCCAAAUCUAGGAAGUCUCCCCACAAAGACUUAUUGCAUAGGAAAGAGGAGAACCGGAGGCCUCAGACUGAGCCCUCAGCUAGGACUGAGCCUGGAACUGCAACAAACCACCAAAUCCUGUCAGGAAUGGAUUCUGAAAUAUUGGAGGUGUUACCUGAGAAGUCAGAUGGACUUUCAGAGGGGCUGGAAAUGAAUGGACCAAAAGCACAGCUGAUGUUGAGGUAUCCAGAUGGAAAGAGGGAACAGAUCACUCUUCCAGAGCAAGCUAAACUUCUAGCUCUGGUGAAGCAUGUGCAGUCAAAAGGAUACCCAAAUGAACGUUUUGAACUUCUCACCAACUUCCCUCGAAGGAAGCUUUCUCACCUUGACUAUGACAUUACAUUACAAGAGGCAGGCCUCUGUCCUCAAGAGACUGUCUUUGUACAGGAAAGAAAUUAGCACUGUGGCCUGACCUCUCUCAGCUGCCCCUCAUCCCUUUACUUGGGAUAUCGCAUCCCUGAGUGUACAGUUUGGCUCCUAGGACCACAGAGCCAACCUGGGCAAAUGGCCCCUGCCCACUCUCCUCUUUGUCUGGGCUCACCUCCACAAUGUCUUUCCUUCUGUCUUCUGUCCUCCCUACCCCCUCCUCUUCCUUCCUUUUUCCUCCUAAUCUGGUGACCAAAUGAAAACCCAAGUAUACAUACAAUCUGUCCUAGUACUGGCAGCAGGAAAUGCUUGUUCCAAUUUGGGAAAGAGGGAUGCUGUCUUGCACAUCACUCUCUGGAGAUAAGAAAAAUAAUGUGACCUCCUCUGUUUUCCUAUGAUAGAGGAAGGACCAGAUUAAAAAAAAAAAAAAAAAAAGAACCACCUCCCAUCCCCAACUUACUCUUUACCCUUGGGAGAAAAAAGAAAACAAAAACGGUGUCUUCUAUUUUUUUGGUUUUUUUUUUUGGUUUUUGUUUUUUAGUUUCCUGUAAGAAAUAUCAUGUGACAAAAGACCCAGGCUUUUUGCUUAUGUGGAGAAAAGCGCUCCUUAUGAUAGUUUGUCAAAAAAAAAUUUUAAUUUCUCUUUCCCUCAUCUCUCCUGUAGAAGAAUAGAUCCAUGGUAUGUGUGCUGUUGGGAAGUUGAUUGUCAGAUAUGGGAUGAGAUAGAUUAGGGUGGCUUUCAACACUCCUGCCUUAGUCAGUUUUCUCCAUUGCCUCUUUAUUUGGAAUUAUUUUGUGGAAGCUGUUGAUGCCAACAUGCUAGGAGAGUGAAUAGUAAUUUCAGUGAUGUUCCUGAAUCCUUGAUACCCAUUUUCAAGCUAAUGGUAUCUUAAGAUUUUCCAUAAUUUCAAAAACUUCUGAGUUGGGGAAAGGAAUAUGUUUACUCUUAGGACAGUAUAGCAUUUCCUAGCCUCUUCAUUUUCUGGGUCCAACAAAGGGUUUAAGAAUGGCAGGAGUUUUUUGUUUGGGGGAGUUUUUUAGUAGUAGUUUUACAAUCAUGCAGUAAAAUGGUAUCUGUAAAUUAGAAAUUGGUCUUGCUGUUGAUCUUAUCUGUGGUGCUUCAGGGCUGCCUCAGAGAAAAGAGAAAAAAUAAGUAACUCUAAAUGGUGGGUUUCAUUAGUUAGAAAUAAUGCAAAUUCACUUUGAACCCAAGGUAAAAUAGUCUUUAAGAGACUAUACUGAAAUGAGCUGAGCUACUUUACGAUUUUGGUUCUUCUUCACCUAUUGCAACCAAAGGAUGCUUAGUGGGAUCAGAACUGAAAGCAUCUCUUACAGAGAUCACCUCUAAACUCAGUCCCUAAAGCAGCAUUUAAUUACUGGAGUGAGAAAAGCUGCUCUCAGUAGUCUUCAACAGAUGUAUUUUUUUCCUGCCACCAAAAGCCUUGUUAAGGGAGAAUUUUAUAUUCAGCUCCAAAGAAGAAGCUAUCUAUUUUGGAUGAAUGCAAGAGCAUUCAUUUAUGCAGGAGAGUAAAGUAGAGACUGGGGUGAAAAUGGCAAUAGAACUAAAACUUUGUCUAUAUAGAGAUCAUACUAUAGAAUGUUAUCCGGUUUUGUCACUGUAAUUUUAGCUGGUUCAUUUCUACACCUUAGAGGAAAAAUAAAUUGCUAAUGUUGGAAAUAAAGUACAAAGUUUAACUUGUAAUCCAAAUUCAGAUAUAUUUUCAGAGACCAUUAGGCUUCCUGUCUAUUUUAAGAGAUCUUACGUUUUAGCACCCAAAGGAUAAAGGAGGAGGAGGGGGUUAUCUUUUGUUAGUACACAAUUGUGGAAUGUGAUUUUUAAUGAUUGAUUGGUGAGGCACCCUCACUAAAGAAUGAAAUAUAUGUCUUCUAUAGGAAAUCA